AUGCAGGGAUCUUACGCCUUCUGCCUGGUAUUCCUUUGCUGGAAAGGUGUUUCGCUGCUUCUCUACCCUCCACUUCUUGCUGUCGCCGAACUUCCCUAUUGUCUGCUCCACAAGCAUAUCAAUUCAGUGGAAGCACAACAUCCUGGAAGAAACUUUAUUCGCAGACUCCUCGACCACUUUUAUCUUCAGGGGCCUCAUGGCUGUCACGCCUGUCUUGUUCACGAGCCUCUCGGAAUGACUGCAGACUUCCUGGUGACGAUGGCUCCUCGGAACGAAAGAACCCUUGAUUUCAUGAAGCCUGCUAUCCGACAGCUACUUGUCGCCCUGGACUUUCUGCAUUCGGAGUGCCAUAUCAUCCAUACAGAUCUUCAGCUGAAGAACUUACUACUUCCCGGCCCGGAGACAAGCCAUCUUUCCCGAUUCGAAGAGCGUGAAGUUGCAAACCCAACACCCCGAAAGAAGCCCAAAGAUCGAACAAUCUACAAGUCUUUAGGUUUCCUUUCUCCAGGAGGACUGCCAAUUCUCGCUGAUUUUGGGGAAGCUCGAUUAGGCGAUAAAAAGCACAAUGGCGAUAUCAUGCCGAAUGUUUAUAGAGCUCCGGAAGUGAUUCUAAGGUCGAGCUGGGACUACAAGGUGGAUAUAUGGAAUAUCGCCAUGGUCGCCUGGGAUAUUGUUAGCUCUCGCACCCUGGUCAAUGGCAAAAACCCAGAUGGCAUAUUUGAUGAUCGGGUUCAUAUGGCAGAGCUGAUUGCCCUGCUAGGCCCCCCGCCCCCUGAAUUCCGGGAACAGAGACACCUCAGCUCGGCCUUCUGGGAUGAGUCAGGGAACUGGAAGGAUGUUGCCCCCAUUCCAGAUAUUACCCUCGAGAGCCUGGCGGAGGAGGUGGAAGGGGAAGACAAAGAAGGGUUUUUACGGUGGCUCCGGAUGGCCUUGCAGUGGAACCCUGAGGACCGGCCCACGGCCUUGGAACUCCUAUUCGACGAGUGGAUGAUGAAGGGGCUUUGAAAGUGAAGGGGGGACAUGCAAAUACGCGGCUGAACAAGAUCAACGACCGUUAUACGGACUUGAACCAUUCUGCCACUGGAGAGCAAUCAGUACCCUAUCAGGUGCUCCAUGGUCGGCAGGAUACUGACGAUGAGAAAACACCAAGAAUCUCCUCUGAACCGGCUAUAAAGUACCAGUAGCAAUAUCACACCUAGUAGAAUAGGUGCUGAGUAUCUGCUUAUUGACCGGUGAAUGGCC